ACAAAACGACAACGAGCGGACAUUCGGUUCAUGCGUAAUACGCUGAUCUGAAGGAGACACGACGAUCUUUUUGACUAUUUAUUCUUCUGUUAUCGGAUUUUGCUCAAUCUUAAUGGUUUGUGUGUGGAUAUGAGUUCCUUUUGGAUAUAAUCGCUGGUCUUCGCUGACAAAAUCCACGGACAGAACAAUGACGCGGCAAGUCAUCUUGUUUUUCUCUCUCCUCUUUGUGGGUUCUGGGCUCGGGCAGGUCAGCUACUCUAUUCCAGAGGAAAUGGCGAAAGGAUCUUUAGUGGGUAAUAUAGGACAGGAUUUGGGUUUAGAAACGAGACGUUUAGUGUCGGGAAAAGCUCGAAUUUAUACCCGAGACAGCGGGCAGUACGUCGAGCUGCACAGAGAAAGCGGAGUCCUCCUCGUCAAAGAGCGCAUCGACAGAGAGGCGCUGUGCAAACAGACGACGCCCUGUGCCUUACAUUUUCAGAUUAUUUUGGAGAAUCCCAUGGAAUUUUACACCGUUACUGUCGAAAUUACUGACAUUAAUGACAACUCACCAACCUUUGAGAAAAGCGAAAUUAAUUUUAAAAUUAGCGAGUCAGCCAUCACUGGAGCAAAAUUUGCUCUGCCUCGAGCUGUGGAUCUGGACGUUGGAAUUAAUAACCUUAAAAGCUACAUGUUAAAUCCGACCCAUAAUUUUGCCCUGAACAUGCACAGUGACGCAGACGGUCACAAAAACGUCGAGAUGGUUUUACAGAAACCUCUAGACAGGGAGAAAAACGAGCAGCUGCGUCUGGUGUUAACGGCUGUAGACGGAGGAGACCCGCAGAUGUCAGGAACAAUGCAGAUUAUUAUUACGGUUUUAGACGCUAAUGAUAACGCCCCCGUUUUUACCCAGCGCACAUAUAAAGCUACAGUUACUGAGAACUCACCAACAGGAACUAUUGUUGCCACAGUUACAGCCUCAGACGCAGAUCAGGGAUUAAACAACAAAAUUACAUUCUCUAUCACUAACACAUUGGAUGAUGUCAGUAAGGUGUUUGACAUUAAUAAAGAAACAGGGGAAGUUGCUUUAACUGGAAAUAUUGACUUUGAAGAUGUGCAGAGCUUUAAAAUCAAUCUACUUGCCACUGAUGAAGGGGGACUCACAGAUUCUGCUAAAUUACUGAUUGAAAUAAAAGACAAAAAUGAUAACAGACCUGAAAUAAACAUAAUGUCAAAGACAAACUUGUUAUCAGAAGAUGCCAAAAUAAAUACUGUUGUAACAAUGAUAAAUAUUGAAGACAAGGACUCUGCAGGAAAUGGAAUAGUAACAUGUUUUGUAAGUGAAUAUGUACCCUUCAUUUUAAAACCAUUGAAAAACAAUUUCUAUACUUUGGUUACAGACAUUGAGUUAGACAGAGAGAGAUCCUCUGAGUAUAACAUCACAGUGACCUGCUCUGAUGAGGGAGUGCCCUCCCUCUCCAGCAGCGUCACUCUGACCUUACAGAUCUCAGAUGUGAAUGAUAACAUGCCUGUCUUUGACAAGAGCUCAUAUGAGGCCUACAUUGUAGAAAACAACACACCAGGCCUCUCUAUAUUCACAGUGAAAGCCACAGACGCUGACUGGAACCAGAACGCGCGUGUUUCUUACAUACUGGAGGACUCCUCUGUUAACGGAGUGUCCGUCUCCUCAUAUGUGUCAGUUAGUGCUGAUAGUGGAGUCAUCCACGCAGUGCGCUCUUUGGACUAUGAGCAGAUCAAGGACUUCCAGUUUCGCGUCAAAGCGCAGGAUGGAGGCUCCCCUCCACUCAGUAGUAAUGUGACUGUGAAAAUAGUGAUCCAGGACCAGAACGACAAUGCCCCUCAGGUUCUGUACCCGGUCCAGACUGGAGGCUCUGUGGUGGCUGAGAUGGUUCCUCGUUCAGCAGAUGUGGGCUAUCUGGUGACUAAAGUGGUGGCUGUUGAUGUGGACUCUGGACAGAAUGCCUGGCUCUCCUAUAAAUUGCAGAAAGCCACAGACAGGGCGCUGUUUGAAGUGGGUUUACAGAAUGGAGAAAUAAGAACUAUCCGCCAAGUCACUGAUAAAGAUGCUGUCAAACAAAGACUGACUGUGUUCGUGGAGGACAACGGGCAGCCCUCUCGUUCAGCUACAGUCAUUGUUAAUGUGGCAGUGGCGGACAGCUACCCUGAAGUGCUGUCAGAGUUCACUGACUUUAUGCACGACAAGGAGUACAGUGACAACCUGACUUUUUACUUAGUGCUGGCUUUGGCUGUAGUUUCCUUUCUCUUCAUCACAUGUUUAGUGGUUAUUAUAUCAGUGAAAAUCUACAGAUGGAGACAGUCUCGCAUCCUGUAUCACUCCAGUCUCCCGGUGAUUCCAUAUUAUCCACCACGUUACUCAGACACUUUUGGGACAGGGACUCUGCCACACGUGUACAACUACGAGGUGUGCAGAACGACUGAUUCCAGAAAGAGUGACUGUAAGUUCGGCACAGCUGGUAGUCAGAACGUGCUGAUAAUGGACCCCAGUUCUACAGGAACCAAGCAGCGGAUACAGAGUGAGAAGAACAUCCUGGAUGAACCAGACUCUCCUUUAGAGGUUGGUCAUUUACAUUUUUUCCUCACUGUUAAGCAACUUCUCAAAUGUGAUGGAUGGAUUUGGAGGAGAGAUAUUCUUGUCAUUCUCAAGUCAACACAUUGGACGGUGACACAACAGUGUUUUUUGUCUUCUAUUUUGCCGGCAUUUGCUACUGAAUGA